AUGUCUGACGUGUCCUCCAUACCCUCCAGAGCUACCUCCCCCAUCAACACUCUCGCACCGCCGGACCAGUUACCAACUGCGCGUCCCUAUCGCUUUACAUGGGAUCCUGCUUCUCGCAGACCUGGUCCUGAGAGUGUCUCCGGAACGACAGAGGGUAGAGGGGGCGAUGACUUCGGAGGGGCUCAUCCCCUAGGCUUCUUGAAUGCCUCAACGACCUCCCUUGCCCUUGGUGCCAUGCCUUCUGACUGGAGCAGUUCACGUACUGGAUUUCAUGCAAUCUCAACGGUGCUGAACAACCCCCACAAACGACAAGCUCCUCCGAAAGCGCACUCGUUACUUCCCCCUGUACCGCCUGCUGAUCUUCCUCGCGUGCGCCGCAAGGAUUUCGAAUCUUACCUUCGUGCCAUUACACCAGAAUGGGAUCGGUAUCAGCAUAAUACACAGGUUGGCCGUGAUGGUCAAGCACAGAUUGAGGACAGUCAGUGGACACCACGUAAUUCUAUGGCAGGGGAUGAGCCACCUACAGGACAUCGGUCAUCGUCAGUUUCUCACCAGAAUGGAAAGUCUAUACCACCGCUUGACUCAGUGCCGUCAGUCUUUUUCCAGAAAGACUUUAAUUUGGGAGAUCCAAAAACAUUCGCGAAUGUGACCGAACAAGACACUUCUGCUAUUCUUCCGGGGGUUCAGGACGAUCCAGAUCCAUUUUCUCUCUCUCACUCAUUACCUCUGCUGGAGAAAUUCUCUCAUUAUGCUGAUACAGUCGAACAGCACCUCGUGCGAGAAAUAUCAAUCCGUUCAACGUCUUUCUUUGCUGCCCUUACCAACCUCCACGAUCUCCAAGCAGAGUCCGAACGCUGUCUAAAUAGAAUUAGCAAACUACGUACCCAGCUGCAAGACGUCGACAACAAUGGAGCUAAGCGUGGGCUCGAAAUGGUCCGGAAGGAGUCCAAAAUGUCGAAUCUUGGCAAAGUGCGGGACGGCGUGAAGAUGAUCGGCACUGUCACCGAGAUGACUGGUGUUGCAAAAGGAUUGGUCAACGCAGGGCAGUGGGGAGGAGCUUUGGAUAUUAUCGAAGAGAUGGAAGGACUUUGGGAACCCAAAACAUCUCGAAAUACAUCUACAGAAGGCACGCCGCAUCAGGCGAACCCACAAAAUGGUCGAGACAUUCGUCUAUCCCCGACUCUGGAGGAAGAAGAUGAAGCCACAGAUGCUAUGCAUACUUCAUCGGUCAAACAAAUCGACACACUUCCGCAUUCCAUUCAGUAUUCGAUACCCUUGUCUUCUUUGCAUGCAUUCUCUGCCCUUCCUUCGCACUUACGAACGUUGACAAUGGAGAUAGCAGCUUCUCUAUCGUCUGAAUUUGUGUCGGUGCUGCGGAACGAUCUUGAAUUGCGGAUCGGCGUCGAUGGCAAUUCGAAUACUGAUGCUGACCAAGGGUUGAAAGAUAGACUUAAGCCUUUACUGUUGAAUUUGGUUCGCACUAAGGGACUAAAAGAAGCUGUGCUUUCAUGGAGGGAAGUUGUCUUGGGUGUGAUUCGAGGCGUAAUUAAGCAGAUUUUGCCUUCAUAUGAUAUAGACGAUGAACAAACUGGACGGGAUUCUACGUCAGAAUCAAAGACCAACUUGGCAAAUCAGCUCCGGGGUACCCCGCACUCUGAUUUCAUACCACUUAUUCAGAGAGUGUAUCAACGGUUGUUCAAGGGCGUAGAAGGAUUACAAGGUCAGAACACCGUCAUCCUCGACAUUCUAUCGGCUCUUAGCUCACAAUUGCGACAACGGGUGACGAACAUACCAUUACUUGAAGAAGAUCUGAAUGACAUCCUUUCUUCUUCGGCCGAUCUUUCAAGUGCACAAGCAGCUAAGGUUAUUGCGUAUAGAGCCGAACAACACGCACGCCUAGACUUGUCCGACUUCAUGACUUUUUCUAAUGACUCCUGGGCAUUUGUUAUUAAGUGCGAAAAAGUUUGUCGGCGGGCUAUAAUUCCUUUGAGAGGGACACUGAACAGCCAGGCCACCCUCUUUCUUCAGACAUUCCAUCAGAAGCGAAUAUCUCAGUCGGCCAAAUUUGUGGAAGAUGAACUUUGGAAUCCAACUGAAGUCACCCCCGGUAUACAACUUACUACCAAUAUUGUGAUGGAUUCUGCUGUGCGGGACCCCCCGGAAUUGGUCAUACAAUCACCCGAUGCUGUCUUCAGUCCUGUCGCAAUGAAUUUUCCCACAACUCCAGGAGCCAGUCCUGAUUCUAGUGUUCCAACCAUUGCUACGACUGUACUCCAAUCCAAGAGUUCAUCUGCUUCAACCCACAGCACAAAACAUCUACGGAUCGAAGGACGUACUUAUUAUGUCGUUUCUGCAACAGCCCAGGUUUUAACGCUGCUAUUGGAUUAUCUCAAAGUUGUUGUAAAUUUGUCCACACUUACUCCCGAUACUAUGAGCCGGGUCAUCGAAUUUUUGAAGGCUUUCAAUUCUAGGACCUGCCAAGUGGUGUUGGGUGCUGGGGCAAUGCGAUCAGCAGGUCUGAAGAAUAUCACUGCGAAACAUCUUGCUUUGGCAUCACAGUCCUUGUCGAUAGUCUUUGAGCUUAUUCCUUACGUGCGUGAAGCGUUCCGGCGGCAUCUCGGCCAAAAACAUACUGUUUUAUUGGUGGAGUUUGACAAGUUGAGAGGGGAUUAUCAAGAACACCAAAUUGAAAUUCAUUCGAAGUUGGUUGCAAUUAUGGGUGAUAGGUUGAACGAACAUAUCAAGUCCUUGAAGAAUAUCGAUUGGACCGUGCCGAAACCUGUCGGGGGUGUUAAUAGCUACAUGGAGCUCCUUGUAAAAGAAACUGUUACCCUCCAUAAAGUUUUGUCACGAUAUCUCUCACCAUCCGUUGUUGAGUAUGUGAUGACACAAGUUUUCGCUGCAAUCAAUCAUCGGUUAUCGGAGGCAUAUGGUGUAAUUGAACUGCCUGAUCAAGAGUCAAAAACAAGGUUACUAGAGGAUGCAAAAUAUUUGCACCAAAAGCUCGCCGUUUUGAAUAUUGCUGGAGCUCCUGCUGGGAUGCUGGAGACGGUCGUUGCGGAGAAGUUCAUACCACGUACUGGCGGUCCAAAUGGCAGUUCACAUACAUCGCCCGCUAGUCCGCCCAAUGCGCCCAUACGAAGUAACACGCUUACAGCCAAUCAGCGAUUGAAGGGAUUGCUUUCUGGCCGUUCUUCAAGCUUUGCGGAUAAAGAUAAAGCAUUACCCCCUCCAAAUCAGAACUCUUCGCCUUUCCCGGCUCCCUCGAUUUCUGAUAAGCCUCGUUCUCGUUCUCCAGUUCCAGUGAAUACCCAUUUGGACCCCCAAAACGGUAAUGGGCUCUACGCUGCGAACGCGAGUCAGGAUACACUAGCAAAUGGCAGCAGCAUUUCUUUGUCCAUGGCUGUGUCGCCUAUUCCUGAGACUAAAGUCUCACAAGGCUUUAAACAGGUUGAGAUACCAUCCGUGGACCUUGAGACUUUCAAACCAGCUGUCAACAACAACACGGAUGGUUCCAAAUAG